AUGGGAAGAAGAGCCAACGAGAUUCCAGAAAUAAACAAACCGCCAACAAAAUACCAAUGCUUGGGCAUGAUUGAAACAUCGGAGAGUGCUGAGCCUCCGAUACGUCCUAUCAAAUCUAACACAGACACGGUCGAUAGAAGGAGGGAAGACAUGUUUUUGUCGAAACCCAACGAGAUCGCGUACGCCGGUAUUACUGUGACCGAGGCGGCCUCCAAGUCGACAUCGUUCGAUUUGCUCGACGACGAUGCUGGUACCAUGUGCCUUUCCACCGGUUCGUACAAAAGAGCACUCGCCCAUACAUUCAAAGUGACAGCACCCAUUAUUAAUACUGCACCUCUGUAAAAAAGCAAAAUAAGUUUUAGCACUUUUUGUUCGGUCCAACGACAAGAUUAGCUAUAUAGCUUACAAUAUCGUCAUCGGGAUAUUCCACGGCUGUUGAGAAAAAAGAUGUCAAUCAAUGUCAUAAAUAUCAAUUUUUAUCCCAAACAUACUUUUCUUUCAACAUUAAUGCUUCAUUUUGGUUUAACUGAGUUUCAAAAGUUUUCUCGAAUUAGUUAUAUCUUUGAUUACAUAUAAUGAUCAUAUAAACAUGGAGUGAAGUAGAACACGUUCGAAAAUAUUUAAUAUUGUUUUUUUGAGAAAAAGUUAAAAUAUUAAAAAAAAAAAAUUUUUUUAAUAUAGUGAUUUAUGAUGCAAUGAAAUGAAAAUAAUUCAAAAGAUCAUAGAUAACAGCGUUUGUGAAAACGCUUUAUUAUUAUUAUAUUUCUCGUAUACUAAUUAAUUAUUUUAUUUUAUUUCAUAUGUAUAAAAUAUUUUUAUAUACUGCAUAAAUUAUAAAGAGAAAAUAUAAAAUAUUAAUAUCAGGUACAGUUUGUUCAUACUCUUAACAAAUUCAUUUGGCAUAAUCUUUGAUACUCGAUAGAUAUAUAACAUACUCCUCAAUUUUACAUUAAUAUAAUCUUUUCAAUACUGGAUUGUACAUGUCUCACAGAUUAUUAUCAAAUGUUACAUACAAAGCCUUAUGUAUUCUAAAAUACGUAAGACUUAAAUUAAUCACAGCUUUUUUUUAAAUAAUCUUAAUCAAAAAUUCAUUAAGUAUUAUGCAGAUAUCUCAUAGUCUGCAUCAUAGGCAGGUUUUGUAGUUAAAGCAGACUAUGACAGAUAAUUUGUACGUCAAUCUGAAACUGUUAUGUUUAUGAACUAAAAUGUAAAUUAAUAAAAUACAUUGCUAUUACAUUUUUAAUUGAAAAAUAUCUUAGUAAAAUAAAUAUAGAAUUCAAAGUUUAGAACAAAUAGAAAAAGCUUGGAAAAAUGUUUUUGAAUAUUAA